UACAUAAUAGUAUCUCUAUUUACUUUUUGCUACUACCCUAUCCAUAGUGUUUUGUUUGGCCUGUUGGCUGUUACUUUUAUUUUUCCAAAAUAAAAUUUUGUUGGAAAGAUUUUGAGUGUGGCGUAGCUCAAAGAUAAGAAUAUUAGCAUAGCUUAUAUCGUAUGAGUUUUGUUUACGUUACAAUAAUUUAUUACAUAAAACAAAAGUUUUUUGUUUUACAUCACGCACGUCACACGUACAAAUGCACUUAUUUUAGGUACCAGAAAAAUAAAAAAGAUUUUAUAACCAUAGAACUUGGUAACUUAAGUAAUUAUUGCAUGACGUUAAUAAAUCGUAUAACAAUGUUGUCUACACGUUUGUCCGUUGCGUUAAUGAUGGCACGAUUAGCAUCCACGAGCCGCCGUUUUCCUGACUUGCGCCGAAGUAUUUUAGUUUGUUUCAUUUUAUUUGCUAAUUAUUUUCGGUCGUCGCUAUUCGAAUUUAUUAGAAAAACCAGCAUUCAUUUGUGCCAGAAGUGCCUCAGACAAAUCAAGGAAGGACAUAAUGGUUGACCCAAAGCAUGUUUUGAGUUACGAAGAUAUGUUGAAGGUUAUCAAUCGGCCUGAGAAGUUGAUCAUUGAUGUUCGUAAUCCUGAUGAAGUCAACAAUACUGGAAAGAUACCAUCCAGCAUUAAUAUUCCGUUGAGUUCUAUGCAGGAUGUUCUGACCACUAUGUCAAAUGAUGAGUUCCAGAGACAAUAUAAAAGGAGAAAGCCAUCUGCAUCAGAUGAGCUUAUAUUUUACUGUCAAUCUGGCAGGCGUUCCAGUGAAGCCCUGGACAAGGCACUGAAGCUGGGAUACACGAAGUCAAAGACCUAUCUAGGGAGUUGGAAUGACUGGUCCAGCAAACAUCAAUAAAAUUAAUAACAUGAUGUCAAUGAAUAUCUAUAUCUGGAUUUGAAUCUGUUUUCAUUACUUUUUUGAUGUUGAUAUUUUAAAUAAAAUUUUAAGUGUU